AUGAAGCUCGUCUGGUCGCCGGAAACGGCCUCUAACGCUUACAUCCACACCGUCAGAACUUGCAAAAGCUACAAAGAAUCCAGUGUAGCGGAGUAUUUAUCGGCAACGGCGGCGGGAUGGAACACGAGGCUGAUCGUUGAGACUUGGACACGUGGAGAUCCGAUCGCCACCAGCGUUGGUCUCGCCGUUGCGGCCAUCCACACGUGCGGAAGACACGUGUGCAUAGUUCCUGACGAAGAAUCGAGGUCCGAGUACGAGACAGUUAUGAAAGGAGCCGGUACGUGUGAAGCGACGGAGGUUUUGAUAGGAGAAUCGGCGGAGGACGUUGUGGAGAGACUCUCCGGCGUGGACUUCAUGGUGGUAGACUCAAAACGCCGCGAGUUCGUGAAGGCGUUGGGAUUAGCGAACACGAGCAACAUGGGUGCCGUGUUGGUGUGCAAAAACGCCACGCAGAAAUCCAUCCCCGCGUUUAAAUGGCAUGGUGUUUUGAGGGGAGGCACACGUGUUGUGAGAUCGGUGUUUUUACCUGUUGGGGGAGGGUUAGAUAUUGCACACGUUGGCGCCCGUGGUGGUGAUUUGAAGAAGACUCAUAGCCGUUGGAUCAAACACAUUGAUCCUCGAUCUGGUGAGGAGCAUUUGUUCAAGCGUUAA